AUAUACACAUACAGAGAUUACCUACCUCUGCUUCUGGGCAACGAAUUCCAUAAAAAAUUACCUCCGUACAGGGGCUACAAUAAGAAUGUGAACCCCUCCAUUUCAAAUGUUUUCACCUCGGCCUUCCGAUUUGGGCAUGGUUCUGUCCCACCUUUUGUACCCCGCCUGGAUGAGAAAUUCCAGAACUCGCUUCCCUUUUCCAAGACCCCACUUCAUCUCACUUUUCUGGCUCCAUGGAGGAUUGUGAAGGAAGGUGGCAUUGAUCCCAUUGUCCGUGGCUUCAUGGCAGACUAUCCCAAGCUGAUGAGGCAGGACCAGAUAAUGGUUGAUGAGCUUCGGGAACGGCUCUUUGAACAAGUGAAAUAUAUUGCUUUUGAUCUAUCAUCUCUGAAUAUGCAGAGGGGACGAGACCAUGGUUUGCCAGGGUAUAACGCCUGGAGACGUUUUUGUGGCCUCUUUGCUCCCAGCAACGAAGCCCAGCUUGCUUCAGUCCUUCGCAAUCGGAAACUGGCAAAGGAUUUCAUGAAACUUUAUGGGACGCCCGAAAAUAUUGACAUCUGGAUUGGAGCCAUAGCCGAGCCCUUUGUCCCAAAUGGGAGAGUGGGACCUCUCAUGGCCUGUCUCAUCGGAACUCAGUUUAAAAACCUCAGAGAUGGAGACAGAUAUUGGUGGGAGAAUCCCGGAGUCUUUACCCCAGAGCAGCACCGUGCUCUGAGAAGUGAUUCACUUUCCCGUCUCAUUUGUGACAACACACGCAUCAAAGAAGUGCCCAGAGACAUUUUCAAAAUGAACAGCUAUCCAAAAGAUUUUGUGACCUGCUGUGAAAUCAAGAGUCUGGAUUUGUCAGCUUGGAAAGAAUAGACUUGAAAUCAGAGCAGAAGGAGGAGAGAGGGACAGGACCUGGACCUGGGCAACUGUAGCCUCUUUUGCUCAUACUCUAAAACAUGAAAUAAUGGUACUAACCAGCUUCCACUGUCAAGGAGAGUUCAUUUUAGGUGGAGUACUAUAAGCCAGGUGCUGGGAAUCAAUUAAAAUGUGCAAUUAACAAAUUCUACAAGUAAAUGCAUAAUGAAGUGGAGGCCUCCUUGUACAGUGUUGCCUAUUGUUGGAAUCCUGACUCACUUCCCCAACUACCACAUUUUCCUGAAGUGAAAAAAGUUUGGACCAGUUGUACUGAGUAUUUCGAGAUGGGAGCAUUCAUUAGGGGGGCGGGGGGUGGUGGAAAGGUCAGGAUAACCAUGUAUUCAAAGCCCCGUAUUCUUUUUAAUGAAUCAAGUGUGCAAAAUUCUCAGCCCAACUCAUCUCACAAGGAUGUUGUUAUAGGAGGAGGAAGUGUGUUGGAUAUGUUCACCACCUUGAGUUAUUUAUAAAAGGAACAAAGGCAGGAAGUUAAAUAAAUAAAAUAUGUAAGAAAAGGGGGAGGUUUUGACCACACCGUUGUAGGUGUCCUCUUGACUUUUUUGACCUCCUCCCCCUAGGAUGCCCUGUUGGGAGACUCUUGUAGAGAGUUGGUGUCAUAACUGAGCACUAUUAUGCUGUUGCCCAUCAACUUUCCCACAGGAGAGGAACCUUCAGCAUAAAUAAGUUUGUAUUGGACAAGUUGAUUCAAUUUGAAAUACAUGCUUCAUCCUAUAGGGUUCUACAUAUUGAAUUGAAUUGAAUUGAAUUGAAUUGAAUUGAAUUUAUUGCAUUUAUAUGCCGCCCUUUUCCCCGAAGGGG